AUGCCGCACGUCGAUGCCCUCGCUGCCGUCGGCGGCGCCGGGCCUGCGCCUGCCGGUGCUCCCCAGCAGCAGCAGCAGCCUCAACAACAGGGCAACCAUCGAGACAGUGCACUGACGAACCUAGGGCUUCACCAUGAGCACCACCCAGAAGCUCCUCUUCGGCUUCGCCACCUGGGCCGCCAUGAACUUCGGCGCCAACUAUUUCCUCAAGAAGCCCGUCGGCGGGGCCACCCGAGGUCACCGAUCCCCACGGCAAGGUCUACACCGUCCCCGCCAAACCUCGGCGGCAUCCCGCCCUACGUCCUCCGUCCCAAGACGCUCGCCGACGGCGCCACCUUUGAUCCCAACCCGGCCCGCAUCGCCCCCAUGUGGCCGCUCGACAGCCACAUCGACAUCAUCGUCACCCUGUCCGACUCGCCGCGCCCCGAGCCCCUCGCCAAGACGCCUGCCGACAAGAUCGUCCUGCGCGAGACCAACUUCCACCUCGGCAACUACAGCGACAAGCGCUCCGCCGACGCCACCUUCACCGUGCCCGCCUCCGUCCAGCACAACGUCACGCUCUGGGGCCACUUCUACCUCGCCCUGACCGGCGAGCAGCCCGACCCCUACGUCGCCGGCUUCGACGUCGCCUCGGCCUACCACUUCGCCUACCCUCUGACCCAGUACCUUCCCAAGAAGAAGGUCUCCAAGACGCGCUCCCUCUUGGACGGUGGCGACGCCGAUGCCGACAACGCCCUGCUGGACGACGCCCCCAGCGGCCCCGUCAUCGCCAGCUACUACCACCCCAACAUCACGCUGUCCACGAUCCCCGACUCGGGCACGCCUAAACUGACAGUCCCAGACCCCAUGCUCUUCGUCAACAAGUUCUGGCAGCUGCGGACGCACAUGACCCUGCUCAACGACACGGUCACCGAGCUGCCCAUCCACAUUGACCUCGGCAACCUGCGCUACUGGCAGAUGGGCCUCAUGUCGUCCAUCGAGCUGAGCAGCAAGGAGACGGCCCGCCAGGCCGCCUUUGCAACGCCGCCCCCGGCGCGGGCACGGCACCGAGGUCGAGAUGCUCAAGGAGAUCCCUCCUCGACUCCAACCCCUAUCUGCUCGCCAUCACGGGCCGCCAUGGGCAUCCUCAUCGAGCUCUGGAAGAUCACCACCGUCGUCAACGUGCGCGUCACGACGGCCGACGCCGGCGCCCUCUUCCCCUACCGCAUCGCCUUUGAGGACAAGCACAAGCUUAGCGACACGGAGGAGAAGACCAAGGAGUACGACGAGAUUGCCUUCAAGUACAUGUACAUGGCCGGCGUGCCCCCUGCUCAUCGCCUAUGCCGUCUACUCGCUCGUCUACGACGAGGCACAAAGUCGGUGGUACUCGUUACAUCAUCGGCCACCCUCGUCGGCUCCGGUCUACGGCCUACGGGUUUCCUCAUGGAUGGUGGCCCUCCGCCUCUACAUCAACUACCGGCCCUCAAGGAGUGUCGCCCCACAUGGCCCCGGCCAAAGGCCCAUGGAUGUAACAAAGUUCCCUCAACCACCCUUCAUCCGACGACCUUCUUUUGGCCUUUUACCAAUCAAGGAUGCCCAAUCCUGGCACGGCCUUCGCCAACCUUCCGGCGACGACGGUCAUUCUUUCUUCGUCUACAUUCUUACCAGCGGCUGGGGCCUACACGACCCGACUACUUCGCGCGGUCAACGAGUUUUGGGCCAGGGCGGCGGCGGAGGAACGAGGACGAGGCCGACCCGCCGCCAAGGGCCAAGGCCCUUGCUCGGACAGCGAGGCCGAGCCUGUCGUCGGGCGCCGAAGCCCGUCGUCGGCGCUGCGACGCACAAGGUGGAGGGCCGCGCCGAGAGGUCACGGGGGCCGACAGGGCAGGCAAGAGGAGAAAGUGA